CAGCCGGGCCGCUCGUGCGCGACGCGACGCACGUACGCGUUCUCGCUGUCCUCGCCCCGAGGAAAUCGGAUCCUCGUCGAGUCCGUGCGCCUUCAGCGGAACGACGCAGCGUCCGUCACGUGACUAUCGCUAUUGGAGACCGGGCGAUUGAGCUAUCGGACGUUUACACGAAUAACCGGUUAGCUGUACUAAGACCGCGGACGCGUCGCAGCCGAAGGCUAUAAGAAUGGCAGGAUCAUCGGGGAGCGAAAGCGGCCCGGACGCACACGAUGAACCGUUCUUCAGUGUCCUGGACAUACUGUUGGUCGCCAGUCUCCUCGUAGCGACAGCAUGGUGGCUCCUGAGGAGGAGAAAGCAGGAAGAUCUCACGCCGGCGCCAAAGUCUUACUCCAUUCAACCAACAUCGUUCGCCGCGGCACCGCCGUCAGAGAACUCUUUCAUCAAGAAGCUAAAGUCCUCCGGCCGGAGUCUGGUGGUAUUUUACGGCAGCCAAACGGGUACUGCUGAAGAAUUCGCGGGUCGUCUCGCCAAGGAGGGCAUCAGAUACAAGACGAAGGGCAUGGUGGCGGAUCCCGAGGAGUGCGACAUGGAGGAGCUGAUACACCUGAAGACUAUUCCGAACAGCUUGGCGGUGUUUUGCCUGGCCACGUAUGGAGAGGGCGACCCCACCGAUAACGCGAUGGAAUUCAUUGAUUGGCUCAAGAGUGGCGACGCUGAUCUCGCGGGAUUAAAUUACGCGGUAUUCGGCUUGGGUAACAAAACCUACGAACAUUACAAUGAGAUUGGUAUAUACGUGGAUCACAGACUGGAGCAAUUGGGUGCUACGCGCGUUGUCGAGCUAGGCCUUGGCGAUGAUGACGCAAACAUAGAGGAUGACUUCAUCACGUGGAAAGAUAAGUUUUGGCCGGCCGUUUGUGAGUUCUUCGGCAUCGAAGGAGCUGGUGAGGAUGUCAGUUUUCGACAAUACAAGCUCACAGAGCACGUGGAUCUGUCGGCUGAGCGCAUCUACACUGGAGAGAUCGCUCGUCUUCAUUCCUUCACGAAUCAGAACCCGCCGUAUGAUGCAAAGAACCCAUUCUUGGCUCCCGUAAGAGUGAAUCGCGAGCUGCACGGACCAACGUCCGAGAGAUCGUGCAUGCACAUAGAGUUUGAUAUCGAUGCGCACUCUAAGAUGCGUUACGAAACAGGCGAUCAUUUGGCCGUCUAUCCCGUGAACGACGCGGAGCUGGUGAACAAAAUUGGCGAACAAUGUGGCAUGAAUUUGGAUACUGUUUUCACUCUGACGAAUACAGAUGAGGAGUCCACGAAGAAACAUCCGUUCCCUUGUCCUUGCAGCUACAGAACUGCCCUGACGCAUUACUUGGACAUUACAAGUAACCCGCGCACGCACGUUCUCAAGGAGUUAGCAGAAUACACGAGCGAUCCCGCGGACAAGGAGAAACUAAAGCUGAUGGCGUCGACCACCGCCGAAGGCAAAGCGGCCUAUCAGCAAUGGAUAAUUCAAGAGAAUCGCAACAUCGUGCACAUUCUGGAGGAUAUUCCCAGCCUGAAACCACCAUUGGAUCAUCUGUGCGAAAUUUUGCCACGGUUACAGUGUCGAUAUUACUCGAUAUCUUCGUCUCCGAAGCUUCAUCCAGCUUCGGUCCAUAUUACGGCGGUGGUGGUAGAGUACAAAACUCCGACCGGCAGGAUAAACAAGGGCGUGACCACCACUUGGCUGAAGCAGAAACAUCCAUCCGAUCCGCCUUGCCUUGUCCCGAUCUUUGUGAGGAAGUCCCAGUUCCGUUUGCCGACGCGCCCGAGCACUCCCAUCAUCAUGGUUGGCCCGGGAACCGGUCUAGCGCCGUUCAGGGGCUUCAUACAGGAACGGGAUUUCGCAAGACGGGAAGGUAAAGAAACGGGCGACACGAUACUAUACUUUGGAUGCAGAAAAAGCCAAGAGGACUAUCUCUAUCGUGAAGAGUUAGAGGAAUACGUGAAGAACGGCACCCUAACGCUGCACGUCGCGUUCAGCCGGGAGCAGUCGCACAAGGUCUACGUCACACACCUGCUCGAGCAGAACAAGGAGGAAUUGUGGCGUGUUAUCGGCGAACAAAACGGACAUAUUUAUGUUUGCGGGGAUGCGAGAAACAUGGCACGCGACGUGCACAAUAUAUUGCUCAAAGUGGUGAUGGAACGUGGCAAAAUGUCGGAGCUUGACGCCGCAAAUUACAUCAAGAAGAUGGAGUCACAAAAGCGAUACUCUAGUGAUGUUUGGAGUUGAGCCAUUAAUUGAAUCAUAGAGAAAUAUACAGAAGCAUUUUUUGAGUGCGUGGGUAAAAAAGCUUGGUUCAAUCAAGCGACAGAACGAUCAUUAGUAAUGACAUUCAGUCUAAUCACCUUUCAUUCAAUCUAUCUUCGUUCGAUGAUUUUCAUCCGGUGAUUUCUUUAUCACGUCCUGCCGAGUAGAAUAACUGUAGUUGAAUUAUGUUCGAUAUAGCCAGAGCCGGCAUCACGUGUAGAGUCCAUAAAUUUUACGCAAAGUAUUUAACAGCAUCUGACUUAUUUUCCAUAUUUGUGUCUUUGUGUGCCAAGAUUUGUUUAAGUUUCAGAAAUUAUUUACAUACAAGACCGGUUUUCGAAAAGAAAGACUGACCGCAAAUUUAUUGAAUCAGAAUGUAAAUGGGCUCGGUAAUUUAGGGUUAUUUGUAUAUAUAUAUACUUCUAUCAACUAUUUCAUUAGUAUGUAUGUGCUAUGACACAUACACACAUACACACACACACAAUGUAAAUAAAUGGCAGUCACGCAUUAUCUCAUCCUUGGACAUUCGUUAAACCUCCCGGAACGUGUCUACAGCCGUGGAAUGUCCAAAUUGAGUUUCUGCUGUAUUUACGAUAUUUGUAUGUAGCGUCCCUGCCCGCCUCGUCAAGAAUUAAACUUAAAAAAAAGAUCAUUUCGCAAGAUUACUUCAUGAAUUAUUUUAUAAUCUCACACAAGCACCUUUAUCAGGCAUAAGAUUAUCUAAACUGAUUGUAUAUUUCAGAUUUUACGAACAAGACAAGAUUAGAUUAGCUCUGUGAUCACGUUUGAAUAUUUUAACGUUCUUAAAAUAUUAUCGGCUCUGUGACUCAUGCUAUAAUAAGUACUGUUCGCGGCACAAGUCGUGCAAUUUCAUUAAGAUCCGGCUGUUUUUUUAUUAUCAUCGCUCGUCCGAUUGUGACGCGCUAAUCUAGUUAAGUUCAUUAAAUAUAAUAGGCGAGUAUGUACGACAAAUAUAAUUUUCCCUUGCAAGAUUAGUAUAUGUAUAGUCAAUGUGAAUAAUUGUUAUUGUGCAAGGAGACAAAAAUAUUUUUGUGCAAUUGUUAAACGGUUGAUACACGCGGCUGAUGGUUAAGUCUGAAAUUGUGCCUUGUUCUCCGGUAAUAAUUACAUAAAGUACACUCCCUAGAAGCGCUAUUGAUUCGUGUCGAUUGGUGAUAUUAGUCAGUACGCAAGUAGUGCGGUACUUUUCUUAUGCGAUAUUUAGAGCAGAUUUAUUCCAGUGUUUAUAAAAUGGCGCUUUAUUUACGCUCGCGCUUGUGAACCAAAGCGAUCUAGUGAAACUUAAGGCCUAAGAGACGUGUUACUAGCGAAAUAUCAAUUCGAAUUCGAUCCAUUGUUCGCUCCGUUCCAAUACGCGAGUCGAAAUAGUUGUCGCGCACUGGUUUCAACUGUUAAAAAUUGUUAACUUAGAGGCUUCCUCGGAAAUUAAUUAUGUUAAUAUUAUCGAUGCAAUAACAUGAUCGGUACUAAAUUAGGCGAAGCAGACUGCGAAUAGCAGCGUUUUUAUUAGAGAUACGACAUGUGUACGAAGCCACAUGUUUCUCGAGGCGAUUGUAUAAUGAACAUGUACUAAUAACUAAAAGUAUAUUUUUACACGAUGCAUACAGGGAUGGUGAAUAAAGAUCACGUUGAUUAACAUAUA